ACUGAGACAGUUAUCUUAUUCAAACAUUUUUUAAAUUACAUAAAUAUAUGAUCUUGCAAAGUUCAGCAAAUGUCAUUUUUAGAGAAAUCAAUUUCAACCAGAAAUAAACAAUAUCGAUUCUCAUCAAUCAAGGUCAGUUAUUUUGAUUAAAAAAGUUUGAUCCAAUGGUAUAAUUCACAUAUCAAAUUAUGUCGCUGUAUAAUUGCAUAUCAAAAAGUAAGUAUAAAAGCAUUGAUUCGCUUGACACAACAUUACUAUGAAAUAUACAUGAUAAAAUUCUCCUUUUAUAAUUCUCACGAUACGAAUAUAAUCAUAUUUACUUCAAAGUAUAAUACCGAUUAUGAAGUUCAUCAAGACAAAUUAUAUCAGAAAACAGUAACUAUAUUAUCAAGAUAAACUGUACUGUUAUAUAAAAGAUUCGAUCGAAUUAAAAAUCUCUCGUUUUGAUGUCUCUUCAGUGAUUGCAGAUAAUCAUCAUACAAUCACAUUUGUUUAAAUCAAAUUGCAUAAAAUUCACAUGAUCAGGAAGUUCAUGAAAAUGAUUCGACAGAGUACAUUUACAUAUCAACAAAUCCUAUUCCGUUUGGUCAAAGAAGUUUGGUCAUUGCGUCGUACUAAAUUUCUCAUUGGAAAAAUGGCAGCUCGAAUAGAAAGGCUGUUGGAGGGAAAAUCUCGAAUGGAUCGAGGCUAAAUACAUAUUUCUGUAUCCUUGCGUAAAGUGACACAGAGACAUAAUCUCCUGGACGUAAAAAAAAAAAUGAUAAUGCGAUUGUAAAAGCUACGAGAGUUACGCCGCAUUGCUGCUAUUGCAGUCCUGUUAUUUCGCUUUGCUAAUUGGGACGGCGUGUAACAUCGGACGAUGAUUCUUUUUUCCCUCCCAACGCGAGCGUUCCGUUGACUUGUUUUUAGACAUGACCAAAAGGGAUGACUUACUCAUUCGUCAAAUAUGUACACAGUACCUUUUAUACCUUUAGACAAAUGCAGCAGAAUAUCUAUAUGUGGUAGGCAUUGCAAUACAUCGUAGAAAAUUUGUUACGAUUAAAUCACCGUAUCUCUCUUCGUUUAUACUUAAUACGAGACGGAGAAUACACUCUUGAUACAAACAGAGAAUUCGAUUGUGUGUGAGAGCUUCUACUUUGUUAAUGAUUAUUUGAAAAUUUGAUUAAGUUAAUUGAAUCACGUUUUCAUGCAACACGUAUUGUAUUUUUAGAUCAAAGUUGUAUAGUUUUUGUUUUUUUUUUUUUUUUAGGUUAAAAGAAAUUUGAUUUUUGAAAUAUCUCACGACAUUUAAAAAUUGAAAUGGCGACUCGAGGAAGCUCCGUGAGAUCUUUUCCAUUGUGUUUAUAUUCCACAAUCAUUUGCGGAUAUUAAUUGUAAAUAAGAGUAAUCAGUCGUAAUGCGUUUUGACAUUGUGUCACAAGCCUUGCAAAUGCAAUCUUGGUGGUCGCUAGACUUGCGUAAAAUGUAAAACCUAAUAAUGUAAAAACAUUAAGAGAACAUUAUAUAUCAUGUAUACACGCGAUCGCACAUUCGUAAUGGAAAUUUACGGAAAAUCGGAGAUUACGCGCGUCGGAAAGACGCAAAUCUAUUAUUAUAGAGAACAUAUAUCAACAUUCUCGUGUUCGGAUAAUUUACGCUGCCUUUCCCGAGUAAAUAAUAAAUGAGGAAAAAAAAAUGUACGACGAACAAAAAGCGUUGAAGGAUGUUUUCAAGCGCUGCAUAGCGUAAACACUGCAUAGGCAUACAUUACGUACUUACACGCAAAAUUCAUGUACACGCGACAGAGAAGUAAGAUUACUUAUACGUAUUGUGUUCGACAACGAUCGCACCUGGUUAUUAGGCUCGUUCGCAGUCGAUCGAUCUAUUAUCAUUAAGGCAGAAGACGAAGAGAAGAAUAUGAACUUAUAUCUCACAUACACAGCCUGCAUUUCUCCGAAUGUACUCAAUACUCGACUUGCCGCCUGAUUUACAAAAGUCGAUGUACAACGUUAUCGUUUUAUCCCGGUUUUAAAUGUUUACUGUAUCAUAAGAUUGUAAUAUAGUCGUUGGGCCAAAUAAAGCUCGUUUUUCGAUAUAAGUACACACACGUGGACAUGUGAUUAUUUCUUCUUGAGGUUGAAAUAUUUCUGAGAGAGCGUACAUUAUUCGGAAAACUAACGGAAGAUUUGCAUUAUACAAAAUUUCACGCAUUAUUAAUACACGCUGUUUCUCUCUUCGUUCGCCCGAAAAUCCAUUUAAUUUACUAAAACCACGUUACGCUUAUGAAGGAAAGUUAAUGGCACGCAAGCCGAGCUUCAUCAAUGUUGCAGAAGUAACUCGUCCUUUAUUUUACAUUGAAACAUCAGGGAGGAUUUGCGAUGAUUGCCAGAAUGUCUCGCGUUGCUUUCAGAAAAACUUCGAUACGCUUCAUUGUUCCCUCUUCAAAAUAUUUCGUUCGCAAGAAAUCUCAAUGUAAUUAUUCACCAUCAUACUCGCUUGCAAACACACCGAUCAGCAAGACGAUUUCUAGACGAGAAGAUGGAAGAAGAGAUUCGUGUGCAAGUGGAAGACAACUCGCCUUCGAUAGAGUACAGUUUACUUCCGCUAUCGUAUACUUCCUGGCUUCUGGGCGUCGGCGUUGCACGUCCGCGAAAUUGUCCCAAGGCUGUCACGAUAAUUCUGCGUAUCGUCCACUUCGCCGUGUGUUCCGCCAUCGUGGCGUACGGCGCGAUAGAUUUCUUCACCUUCGGCAACGUCUUCAAGAGCGACAUAUUCAAGAUCAUGUAUUACAUGAACAAGGUGAUGUGUUACGUGUCGGCGUAUUAUUACGUUUAUCACGGCAUCGGGCAAUACAACAAGUGGCCGGAGCUGAUGGACAGGAUGAAGGAGCUGGAUCAGAAGAUCAGGAGAGAAACCCCCAUGAACGACCGGCCCGUGAAAAAUAUGGAGGCGCUAGCUAUUCUCAUAACAUUCGCUUGCGGCCCUUUGUCUCUAAUCAUACACGCCCUAUAUUAUUAUUUUACACGUCCUGAGGAUAUCUUUGCGUCUGACUUGCUGCUCUACUACACGAUAGCCCAGUCGUUAAUCAAUAGCUUCAUCUUCGACGUUGUCGUUUAUGUGCUGUAUCGUAGAUUCCAAACGAUAAAUGAAUUGAUUAGCCAGUUGGAUGAGUUAUUUGGUGCACCAUGGAUCGCGCUCAAAAUUAGACGCAUCAGAGAGUUGCACACCGGAAUUUGUGAUCUAGUCUUUAUGGUAAACGACGUUCAUGGUUUUCAACUUCUCCUCUGUUCGGCAAAUUGUUUUACCAUGGUCGUAGCUACGCUAUUCAGAAUCUACAUGGGCGUUGUGGAGAAAAACUACGCAUUUAUGCUUAUAAAUAAUAUUCUUUGGAUUCUGUACGCUGCGCAAUUUGGUUUAAUGUGCUGGAUUUGCACGCUCGCGCGUCAAGAAUCCGACAGGACUGGAAUUAUUAUAUAUGCAAUUGUACUAAAUUGCAAACCUGCAAAUCUUAGUAAACUAAACAGUGUGAGAAAUCGAUUGAAUCUAGAAGUACCACCACCAUCGGAAGGCCUGGACGGCGAACAAAAUUCCAAUCGGAGUAGCAGCUAUAAUCUGAACUAUGUCGUCAUGGAAAAUCUUUUACGCAAAAAUUUAGACCGAGACUGUGUUAGAAACGAAGUCAAUGAUUUUUCGAUUCAGUUGCAACAGCAUCGUGUAGCGUUUACCGCCUGCAAUUUCUUCGAAAUGAAUAACGCUCUGCUCAGUGGUUUUGUUGGAGUGAUCACUACUUAUCUAAUAAUCCUUGUACAAUUUUAUCGACCCGAAAAUCCAGAUGCGCAAUUUAAUGAAAAACAUUGAGAAAAAUUAAGGUAAAGAAAGAUAAAAAACAUUAAAUUGAGUAAUAUUAAAUAUUAAUAUUUAUUAUAACUUAUCAGUAGAUAACAAUUUGUGAUUUUCACAAAAUAAAAAACUCGUUUUUACA